AUGAUAAUGCUUCGUCGAAUUAACCAAGCAUUAAUAUAUUUAAAGUCUAACUACAGCACUGCUACGAAUAGCCCUGAUGGACAAAUAGUUAGACAUGUACCUGUGCUCUGUGAGCAAGCAAUUAACUAUCUUAACCCAGGUCCUCGAAAAAUUUUUAUCGAUAUGACUUUCGGGGCCGGUGGUCACAGUAAACACAUUUUAGAAAAACACAACGAUAUAAAAGUAUUUGCUCUUGAUCGAGAUCCAGUUGCAUAUGAGCUCGCUAUAUCCUUAAGUAAAGAAUAUUCAAAUCGACUAAUACCAUUAUUGGGAAAAUUCUCUGAUUUGCCGAAGCUUUUAAAAGAGCAUAAAAUAAAGAAGCAUUCCAUUGAUGGCAUACUGUUUGAUUUCGGUUGCUCUUCGAUGCAAUUUGACGAAGCGGACCGUGGCUUUUCUAUUUCUAAAAAUGGCCCUUUGGACAUGCGCAUGGAUCGUGGACGAAAUGGUGACCAAGUUACAGCCGCAGAUGUUCUUGCUCGUGCCGAGGAAGGUGAUCUAGUGAAAAUACUGCGAAUGUAUGGUGAAGAGAAAGGAGCGAAAAAAAUUGCUCGUGCGAUCGUUGAGGCACGCUGUUUUUAUAAGAUUGAUACUACCAAACAGCUAUCUGAUUUAGUGGCCUCGUGUCUUCAAGAUACACAUCGAUUGGACAAAAUUCAGCGGCCCACACACGUAGCCACAAAGACGUUUCAGGCAUUGCGCAUAUUCAUUAAUAAUGAAUUAAAUGAGAUCAAUUACGGAAUGAUUUUAGCUAACGAGUAUUUGAGACACGAAGGCCGACUUGUCGCUAUAACCUUUCAUUCACUUGAGGAUACAAUAGUAAAACGACAUAUAAACGGGAAUGUAAUCGAAGGCCUUGCAAAUCCGGUGCCGUUGAAAUAUUGUGGUCAUGAUAUAUCACAUGAUAAGGAAUUAAUUGAAAUGUUUGUACGAUCGAAUUGGAAGCAGCUACAUAAACACGUAAUCCUUCCCAACGAGGAAGAAGUGAUGAAAAACAGCCGAAGUAGAUCUGCUAAACUGCGAGCUGCAAUUAAAGUAAAAUGA